GGGUAAGAGAGCGAGAGUGCACACCCUGGCCAGCUGCACGUGUGCACACGAGGGUAGGUAGAACGAAUUAAACACGCCGUCAAAAGGAGAAAAGCUGUGUUUCUCACAGAGUCUUUGUGGCAAAAGGGUCAGAACCAAUCGAGUGGCCGCGCCCCGUAUGGAUAAAUAAAUGGACAGACAAAUAGGCGACCUGAUCAUACAUGUGUGUGCGGGACGUCAGCCGAUAUGCACCAUACAUGUGUGUGCAAGGAAGGCGAUGCUCAAUGGGCUCGCCAGCCAGCCAGCCAGCCAGCCAGCCAGCCAGACGAGCCCAUUCAGCAUCGCCUUCCUUGCACACACGCAGGUACACAGUGAGAUACAGCUAGCCAGUCAGUCAGUCGCCACGAUGGACACAUAAUGAAUGCACUCAUUGAUCAUUCACUGACAUUUGAGUCAUUGUGCAGUCAGUCAUGUGUGUGUGAGUUGAUAAAUCGACAGACAGACACACACACAGACAGACAGGCGGCCAGGCCACACCACACCAGAUCACACAAAUACACACAUACGACUGGAUGGGAUGAAAAGAAUGGGCAUUGUCAAGUGCGAUUGACAGCCGACCAUAAACACACCACACCAUGCGAUGCGUUGCGUCCAUGCACAAUUUCAUCAAGGCAGGUGAAUUGUGCGCGUGUACGCACUCUCAAAAACUGCACGCUGAGACGGCCACGCCCCCACCCCCACCCACACCGUCUUAGUCACACACGACACUCUUCGCAGCUCACUAACCCACAGCUCCCGAUCAGCAAUCCACACACACGGACAACAGACACCCAGCCAGCCAGCCAGCCAGCACCGUAGUCGUCCAUCCAUCCAUCCAUUCAUCCAUCCACACAGAGCUGAGGAAACCGUGUCCGCUCUCUGUGUUUGGGUGAGCUGUGUGACCUUCUUACGCGUGAGUGAGUGAUGGAUUGUCUGUCUGCCGUCUUGCCUUGCGUACGCGUAAAAAGUCACGCCGCACACAAAACACUCACUCACGCACGCAGGCAGGCAGGCAGGCGAAGAGAGGCAGCCACACAGACCAGGCAGAAGAGAUGCAGGGACAAUUGCUGGGAGAAAAGGCCUGCCUCGUUCUCUCUGUGUAGUAUUACUGCAGAGUGUAUUAGAAGUUUUGCGUGUGUUUAUCGAGGAGGCCAAGGCAGCUCUCUCUCCCUCCAUGGACACAGACACUUGCCUCCUUUGUGUGUGAGGCAGUAUCAGCGUCACUGGAGAAGAGAAGAGCUGCCUUGGCUGGCCAUACAGUACACACAUCCAACACAACACAACAUGCCACAACACAACACAGCACAGCACGCCACGCCACACACAUGUGAAGCAUCGAGUGUGCAUGAGCACGUGCCACACACUCGGCGACGGGGUGUGGCACGUGCUCAUACACUCGAUGCUUUACAUGUGUGUGGCGUGGCCAGACAGACAGACAGACAGACGGACGGACACAACAACAUACAGCGAAGCCCACUGACUAAGCCCUCCCCAAUCAAUCGCUCAGCCAUUCUCAAGUCAACACACACACACACACACACGUGUCCAUCCAUCCGUCAACGCCCAUUUUCUCUGCUGUGUUUUGGUGUGCGAGUACUCCUCUCUGUGUUGUGUGUAUGUCGGUCUACAGAAAGACCGAUGCUCGUAGCAAGGCAUGCAUGUGUAUGUGUGGGAUGGGCUCUCUCACGAAUGUCAGGUGAGAUCGAUUAUAUACGUCAUAAUCGAGAUGACAUUACAUUCGUACGAGAGCCCACCCCACACAUACACAUGCACACACAGCCAGUCCAUGACAAAGGCAGCCAAACCAGACGAGCAAACGGAUGGAUGGAAGGCAGGCAAAUCGCCUUAGCACAUGGAGCAUUCACCCAGCAAUCGGCCAUCAGCAGGCAGGCAGGCAGGCAGACGGGAAGACAGGCAGACAGAGGCAUGUGUUGUACACCAUCCAAGCAAUGCUGACCGAACUCAUGAUAGGCAGGCAGACGGGUACGUAUGUAUGUAUGUAUGUACGUACAUAGCAGGCACCGACGGGCGAACACCAACAUCCAUUAGCACACCACACGCGUGACGCACCAACGGCGUGCAAACAGACACACAGACAGACAGACAGACAGACACACAGACACACAGACAGACAGACAGGCACCCGCAUGUGUGCAACACCACACCACAGCGUGCCGCACCCAUCCAUCCAGGCAUGCAGGCAGGCAGGGUCGGGAUGGAUGUAUGGAUGCGUGGGCCAACGCUCGCAAACUAUCAGUCAGGCAACCAGCAAUCUGCAGCCAACACCGCACACACAGAGGAGCACCAUAUCAAUCAGUGUCGCCGCCCAUUCGUGUGCCGUGUGUCAGUCACCCUACACCCCUCCCGCCCCGCACCUGUUGAGUGUGUGUGGGGUUUUUUGUAUCUUAGCUCUCCUUCUCCUCCUCAGACGCCACGACACCCUCCGCCUCGCUCUCCCCGUCAUCUUCCUCGUCGUAGUAGUAGACAUCCUCCCACUCCUUCUCCGGCACACCAACACCGCCGGCAGCACCACACGCAUCCGCCGUCGAGGGCUCUGUGAUGGUGAUCGUGAGCAUGUAGCCGUCGGCAUAGAGGUCCUCGACUUUGGCGAUGUUGGUGUCCUGGUACCCGGUGUCGGGGAGAUGAAUGCACGGGCGGUCGUCCCGUUCUCAACCGAGAUGGAGAAGGACAGGGGGAAGUCGAUGGUGUUGUGGGGCGCGAACGGGAAGGGCGGGAGGAGUCGCGACACGUUGAACGCCUUCGUACGGCCUUGACGGGUGAUGCUACAGAAGGAGAUACAUAGCACAUCCACAGCAGGCUCUUGUGCGGGAACGGGUGCAGUGUGCGCCUUGCUUGUCUCACCGCAUGUGUGCCUGAGCAUUCUGAUGUGUGAAAUUCUCGACGUGGAUGUGUCCGGCGUCCUGCACACACACCAGCCCGACAGCCAGAACCACAAGAGACACACAAACAUGAGCCACCCAUGAGCCCAUAACACCCAUGUAGCUGCCUCUCGUACCUCUUGCUCCAACAGAAUGGCACCCAUCGCCAGCUGUUCCUCUGGGAAGCGUACGACCCCGUCGCCAACAUCCAGUCCCUUCAGUCCAUCCUCCAACUUGUACUGCGCCACUCCUGUGAGUUGUCACUUUGUGCUCGUUGCCUGCAGGAGCUUCCUUCUCUCUGCCUUACCUUGUCACACUCGUCGUCAGCCGGGAGAGAGGUCCUGAAGAGGUAGGGAGAGCGGCGGCGCUUCUGCACUCUGGUAUCCAUCGCUGCCGAGGGGACACACACAUUGCAGCGCUGCAGGGAAAGGAAGGGCAAUACAAAAAGGUGAAAUCAGUACGACACGCAGAAGAGAGGGAAGAACAGCACACUCCUGUACUCACCUGAUGGACACAGAGUUGCCAUAGGCAGUCGUCGCCAGCCGCUCCGCAGAACAGGUCGCCCCCUGCCGUGCCACGGAGGUUGAUCAAGGAAGUGGCGGGCGGCCCCC